AUGACUAAUGAGCAAAAGAACGGGGCAGGCGCGCCAGAUGAAGAAGAGGAUGACUACAUGAAUAUGUCCUUCGACGAGCCUGCACCCAUUAAAGAGACAUCCCUACAACGCACGCAACGACUAAAGCGCGAAUCACGCGCCCGAGGAAAUAUUAAAUCUAAAGAGCAGAUUGCAGAAGAGGAAGAAGCCGCUCGCGAAAAGGCUCUCUCGACUUCGAUGUUGGACGACGCAAAGGCCAAGAAGAGCAAAGGUUUUGCCAUGAUGGCAAAGAUGGGUUUUACAGGCGGCGGUCUGGGAAAGAAGACAGACGAAGGUGCUGCGCCUGGUCGGACGGAACCGAUUAAAGUCAGUGUCAAGGAUGAUCGCGGUGGUAUUGGCCUGGACAAUGAGAAGAAGCGCAAGAUUAGAGAAGCGGCUGAAGAAAGGGAUAUCAAGGCUGCUAAGAUGGAUCCUGAUGAGUACCGCGAACGUGUGAGGAAAGAACGUGAGGACGCGAGGUUGGAAAAGCAGUUCUUUGCGGCUCAGCGUACGGCAGAGAGGAUGGACGAUGAAAAGACGGAAGUUUCUGGAUCUGAAGCACAAACAUCGACAACAAACGACACAUUCGAAAAGUCAGCGCCAACAUCGUCACGUCCUCUCAAAUCGAUACCCCUUCUAUAUCGCAGCCUAGUAAGGCACAGAGAAGAAGCCGAGCGUGAUAGACGCAUGCGAUAUGAUCUCGAGCAGUCACUAUCAAGACUACCGACCUACGAAGAUGACCACGAGGAUGAAGACGAUAAGAGGGCUUUGGGCAAGGGACACACUGUGUAUGCCACGGCCGAGGAUCUUGAUGAAGAAGACGAGGAGUUGGACCAGUUCAAUGAACUUGAGAUUGGGGAGAGACUGAGAAGGAUUUUGGAAUAUCUGAGAGAGAAGCAUCAGUAUUGUUUCUGGUGUAAGAUGGCGUAUCCUGACGCUGAGAUGGACGGAUGUCCUGGACCGACUGAGGAGGACCAUGAUUAA